UGGACACAUCGCAGUGUCAGGAAGAAAGUCUAUCGUAAGAAAAGAUAGAAUUAAGUUUCUCAGAAUAUUCAAAAAUUAGCAGAAUGAAGAUUUUCAUGCUCGUCACGUGUGUACUGGCCAUUGCUACUAUGGUCUACACUGCUGACUUCCCAACAGUACAGAGGUACCAAAACACUGUCGAAAUACAGCAAUACCUAAAGAAUCUCAAAAUAUGUCGCAACGAAUUAUAUUUGUCAUAUGUACCUAUACCCGAUCUUUUUGAGGAUUACGCAGUACCACUGUUGAAUUGUUUGAUUUAUAAAACUAAUUUAAUCGAUGAACAAAAUAUACUAAACUCGUACCAUAAGUUUUCAAGAUAUUUGGAGGAUAUCAUCCUCGAUAAGCAAAAAUUGCAGUUAGCACGUCGCCAACUUGAUUCUUGUUUCAAUAUGGUGAAUCAAAACGGAGGAGCCGAUGAAAAAAUAAUAAUGCAAACUAUAGAAUGCUACGCGCCAAUACUACCGAUUGUUAGUCCUACCUUCAUGGAAGAUUUAUAA